AUGGUUGCCUCUAUACCACAUCCCCCUGGCCUCCCUUUCUUGGGGAACGUCUUCGAUUUCGACCCAAAUGACACCUGGGGCUCGUUCAAAAAGCUUGCAGACAAAUACGGUCCUAUCUUCAAGAUCAAGGCUCUCGGCAAGCAACUUGUCAUAGUUGGAAAUGUCGAGCUUGCCGCAGAGGUAUGUGAUGAGAAACGGUUCCGCAAGAACAUUCAAGCACCAAUGUUCCAGGUUAUGCGCCAGGCAGUCCAUGAUGCUCUAUUUACUGCCUACGACCAUGAACCCAGCUGGGGAAUAGCACACCGGAUCAUGGUGCCUUUUGUUUCCCCGUCAAGCGACGACGUGCGGUUGAAGGAACUACAGGAGAUGGCAUCAGAGCUUGUUACACGAUGGACAUCAGGUUCUGAUCAACCCCAGCGUGUGUAUAUAACGGAAGAUAUGAAACGGUUAACUACCCAAUCGGCAAUGUAUAUCUUCUUCAAUCAACGCCACAAUGUACUCGGCGGCGAGGGACCACCCAUUAUCGAACUAUUGGAACAUGCCUCCUGGGAAAUGGUUAAGCGGCCCAACAGGCCAAAGUUCCUUACCUGGCUCCUCUACAGGGACGUCUACGAGAAACAGAUUAGAGACUUUCGCGGGAUGGCAUCCGAUUUCAUUGCUGCUAAAAGGGCGGAAAACCCUCCUAAGCAAGACAUGCUCCAUGCCCUCCUGUCAGCUAAAGACCCCGAGACAGGCGAAACUGUCGACGAGGAGAGGGUCAUCGAUGAAAUAAUCACCAUGGUAGUUACGUCGACUACUACUGCUGGCCUCAUAACAUUCUCUUUGUUCUUUUUAAUGAAACACCCUGAAGUUAUGGCCAAGGUUCGGCAGGAGAUCGACACUGUUUUCGGUUCUAAUCCUCAGAUCACGGCGCAGAGCUUAUCAAGGCUGCAUUAUCUAGAUGCGGUUCUACGAGAGACGUUACGGCUCUCUGCUUCCGCACCAGGCUUCCUCGUCGAGCCCAUCCCUUCAGAUCACCCAGGUGACGUUAUGCUUGCAGGAGGAGAGUAUCGGGUACCAAAGGAUCAAUCAAUUCUGGUCCUACUCGGCGCUGUAAACCGCGAUCCUGAAGUGUUUGAAGACCCAGAAACAUUCAAGCCAGAACGUAUGCUAGAAGAGUCCUUUGAGAAACUACCACCUGGUGCUAAAAAGUGGUUUGGAAACGGCAAGCGAUACUGCUUCGGCAAGAGAUUUGCUCUGCAGUUGACUAUGGUUGUUUUGAUUGAGGUGCUGAGGAAAUUUGACCUGCAGAUGGCAGACCCAGACUAUCAGCUAAAGGUCACUGGAAAGGAAAUUGUUGCUUUCCUUCAAUCUCCAGCACGGCUCUUCGCCAUAGCCAACCCUAGGAAGGAGUCUUCUCAUAGCUAA